UCGUAUUAUUUGGCUGUGUAGCAAAUGAGAACACACAAUUACUUAACUAUGCAAGUUAAUCAUAAACGCUUGAAUAUUUACGUGUUUUUUUAUUAUUUAGGGCCCCCUUUAUAACAUAUGCUACAGACUUACGCACUAGCUUAAUCCGGCACUGGAUCCCGGCAUGUUAAGCUGUUGAAGUGCGUCCCCCAUAGGGAAACUAGUGGAUGGUGUGGCCACGACCACGCCGGGCGUUCGUCUCACCAGCGCUGAUGCUCGAUGCACCACAUCGGCUACACGAUUGAGGCCGAGUCGACCUGAGAGAGUCCAGAACCGAUUGCUAUCUCAUUCCCCACGUAUGGUAUCCGUAUCGCAGCGCGCUGAGCACUGCGCCACCGCUCUACCGCUGCUAGGAUCACGAACACACACGCACGCCUCUUACACAUCAAUGAGUGGGCUCUCCCUCUCCGCGUGUCUCGCUCGCAUCACGUGAGAGCGGGACGGUACUAAAGGGUGGAUUUCACGAGGCAGGCGGCUCCUCCGCACGGACACGAGGCAACGACGCGGACCCAGUGAGUGAGUGCACGCGGACUCCGUGAGUACACACGUGUGCCUACAGUGCCCACACGCUUUGCGUUGGAAUCAGAAAAUGAAGUCAGACAAAGAGCAAGCCUUCCCUCCCCAGCUCAAGCCACCUCGGUGGGCCAAUAUCAAGGUCUUCCUGCUCUGCCUGUCGCUGCUCUUCUUCUCCAAGGCGAUGUCCGGCAGCUACAUGAAGAGCUCCAUCACCUCCAUCGAGCGCCGCUUCGACCUGCCGAGCUCCGUGGCCGGGAUCAUCGACGGCGGCUUCGAGAUGGGCAAUCUGCUGGUGAUCACAGCUGUGAGCUACUUUGGGGCGCGCUUUCAUCGUCCUCGCAUCAUCGCAGCCGGAGCGACCCUCAUGGGGCUGGGCACCCUGCUCAUAGCCCUGCCGCACUUCCUCAUGGGCAGGUACUCGUACGAGAGCAUCGCCCUGGGGAGCGCGAACGCGACUGCGGAGAGGCCCGUGUGUGCGACGCACGAGGUCCAGUGGGGCGCCUCCGGCGAGCUGUCCCAGCGUCCCCCGCUCGACACCCAGGGGCCGCAGUCGCCACGGCCGGCAGAUGAAAGCUGCCAGCACGAGACGCGGUCGUCACUCUGGGUGCUCGUGCUCGUGGGGAACGCGCUCAGAGGCAUCGGGGAGUCGCCCAUCACUCCCCUGGGCAUCUCCUUCCUGGACGACCAUGCGCGCGCCGACAACUCCGCCUUCUACCUGGGAUGCAUCAUGACAGUUGGUCUCAUCGGCCCAGCUGUUGGCUAUCUGAUUGGUUCCUUCUGCGCGAGACUGUUUGUUGAUCUGGGAUUCAUUAACAUGGAGGAGGUGACCAUCAAUCCGCAGGACUCCCGCUGGGUGGGGGCCUGGUGGCUGGGCUUCCUGAUCGCCGGGGGUAUCACGCUGCUCACCGCGCUCCCGCUCUGGUUCUUCCCGGCCUCUGUGCCCCACGAGAAUGAGGAGGUGGUGGCGGUGGCGACGAAGGCGGGAGACGGGCGCGGAGACCUGGACGCUGUGAGCGCGGGCACAAAAGCUCACGAAGCAGCCGGCAAGGAGGAGGGCGCACAUUCUGCCAAAAGCCAGCACGAGCCCGGCGCCAAGGAAGAGGCCGUCAACGCUCAGAAGGUCCUGCUACAGCGCGAGCUGGGGCAGAAACCACUCGCCACUCCAGUCACUAUGGCGUCGCUGGCUAAAGAGUUCAUGCCGUCGCUGCGCGCGCUGCUCUCGAACCCCGUGUUCGUUUGCCUGCUCGUCAACUACAUCUUCCUCAUGAAUUGGGUCGCGGGCUCUUCCACCUUCUCGCCCAAGUACAUCCAAGAGCAGUUCGGACAGACGGCCUCCAAAAGCAACCUCGUCAUCGGCGCGGCGAACCUCCCCAUGGUGGCUCUGGGCAUCUUCCUGGGCGGUGUGAUCUGCAAGCGAAUGAAUCCCUCGCUGCUGGGCCUCGCGACGCUCGCUCUGUGCCACCGCCUGCCCGCGCUGCUGUUCAUGAUCAUCUACUUCUUCAUCGGGUGCAACGGAGCUCCCGUCGCCGGCAUCAGCGUCCCGUACCAAGGGAUGGCCGGCUCGUUGGGCGGGUCGCUGCUGGCUCCGUGCAACGCGCACUGCGCGUGCCCCUCGGGCGCGUGGGACCCGGUGUGCGGCGCGGACGGCGUCACCUACGCGUCGCCCUGCCUCGCCGGGUGCUCCGUCAUGCGGGGCAGCGGCAGGGACACGCUGUUUCACCAAUGCAUAUGCAUUGGGAACUCCUCCUCCUCCUUCUUCUCCUCCGGCACGGCGACGUGGAACAGUACGGCCGCGCUGGGCCAGUGUCCUCAUGGAGACGACUGCAACAAAAAAUUCCUCUACUUCCUCGCAACGGCUCUCACGUCAUCCUUGUUCAGCGCGCUCAGCUUCACUCCGGGUUAUAUGCUCUUCAUCAGGAGCAUCCGCCCAGACCUGAAGUCAUUUGCGCUGGGAAUUCAGUCUCUGCUCACGCGAACCCUUGGCGGCAUCCCCGCUCCCAUCUACUUCGGAGCAGCCAUUGACUCCACGUGCUUGAAGUCGACUGGCUCGGCCUGCAGCGGCAGGGGCUCGUGCCGCAUCUACGACUCCAACGCCUUUGGGCGAAUUUACAUUUCCCUCUUGGUGGCACUCUACCUGGCGGCGGUCGUCGCACUGGCCAACGUCUACCGGCUCAUCCGGCGCCAGGCGAGGCAGGAGAAGGGAGCGCGGGCGGAGGAGGAGGAGUGCGCGGGGACCCAGGGGCGGGCCCCCGGCUUCAGCGCCGUCCCCACCGUCAGCGCGACGAGCGAGCAGCAGUCGCUCAAGCCACUGUCGGUGGUGGACGUGGACUGCGGGCCGCGUACCCACCUGCCCUCCACGCAGGACAGAGAGACGAUCUUCUGAUCCUCGCACACUGCCACAGGCACUUCCUACUUCGUCCGCGCGCACGCUGCUUGGUGCAGACGUUCGCUGUUCGAGCCGCAGUGGCUGGCCCUGGAUAAAACAGCGGGUGCAUAAACCAAGCGUCCUACGCGCUGUCUGCUUUGAAUUUGACGUUAAAGAUCCCGUGCAGUUAUUAGAAAAGCGUCAUGGUCCAAAUGUUAUUUUUUAAAUACUCACAAAUCACCAAUUUUGGUAAAGCUACUGUACCCCUUACGAAGAGCCUUCCACUAUAGUUAUAUCCAAAUGUAUCCAUGGCCAGCAAUCGAACUUAGGUUGUAAGGUUUAUGACUCAGUGCUACCACUCCCCCAUUUUUGGAAAUGAAUAUCAAAAUACCCAUGGAAAAUAAUGUUCCAUCUGGUCAUUACUUAAUGUGUUUCAGGAAAUGGGAAAUCUGGAGUGAAAAAUUACGAAUCUUUUUUGAAAAUUCCAAAUCAGAAUGGGAUUAUUUGUAUGCAUGUACAUUUAUUUUAAUAUAACCAGAGGGCAUUAUUUGACGUUUCUUUUCCCGGUUUUUCAUGGUGUAAACAGAACCACUUUCAUUACGAAUGGAGAAAAAAGCUCACGGUAUUUGUAAAUUUUCAACCGUGAUGAUCGAACCGUCUACAAAAUUCAAACGCAUUAUCACCGUGACACCUCGUAAAAUGUUUCCAAAUACAAUUUAAACAAGUUUAGUGUUCUGUGCGAUGUGAGAAAAGGGCACUGCUUGAAACGUUAGUGUGAGGAACGUUUUUUUAAUGCAGGAGGCAGUGUUUGUGACCGCUGUGUGGGUGUUUUCAGACUGUCCUUAAGUGGCCCGAGGGUCAUAUCUAUCUCAAAACAAACUCAAAGCACACGUGUGUAUAUCGGGCUUAACGUAAUUUCAUAUCAGUGCAUCAAAUAUCAUCUGAAAGUGGAGAACUUCAGUUGCUUUGAACCACGUGGGAAUUUGUAUUCUCUGAACGUGUAAUAAGAGAAGUGUGUGGAUGGUGGAUGAUGCGAUCCAUGUUUUUUUUCCCCCUUAAAUUGUUAAUAUCCCACGAAUUCCCUCACAGACACAAGACCAGCAAUGCAACCUUCGAAGUGGCCUGUUUCGACUUCACACGCCACUUCCUCGUGUUCCGAUGCGCAAGCUGACACAGUGUGACAGAACAACAUCCUGGGCCGAACUCUUUCGCGUGGUACAGUCGGCCUGCAGGCUCAGUCUUGCCUGCAGAACUUGAGCGUUAAACAGCGAUGCAAUUGGGUAUAUUUUUAACGGUAUGCCAAUAUUUUAGUCAAAUUAAUAUGAAUUGUUGCAAUAUACGAUGUAAAUCAUGCGUAUUGUUCAAAUAUAUAUGUAAAUUAAGAAUGUGUGAUGCAUUAACACGAAUUAAAUCAAUGUUGCUGUGAA